CCUAACAUCCUUCCGUAUGAAACGCUCGUGUAGGUAGCUCCUCUGGUUCUGGCAGCUGCAGCUUCCAGGAAACUUCCAAAUAAUUGAAUUUCCAUUCCUUCUCCUUGGGGAUUACUCACCAUCCAUCUAUUAGUAUCAGUCUUCUCUGUCGGCCCCUUUUUACUCCGUCGCGAAAACCGCAGCCGCGAAACAGGGGAGGAAGAGGGAGAUAUGGACUAUCAAAUUGCGGCUCUUCUCCCGUGCCGGAGAAUGCUUGCCGAAGCCGUAGCACCGUCGGGAGCAGAACCCAGCAACCUGACGGGCGACAAUUGCCACUCCGAAUCGAACAGGAAAGCGGCGGUUGAGGAAGUCUUGGCGACGUUCCCAGAGUUCACCUACGGCGCAGACAAAUCGCCGCCGCCGUCUUGCUCUUUCUCGACGGUGUGCUCGAUCUGCUUGGAGGAGUACGAGAUCGGGGAGCGCUUGAGGGUGCUGCCGAAUUGCGAUCACGUGUUUCACAGGGGAUGCAUCGAUCUCUGGCUCUCUACCCGCUCUUCCAGCUGCCCGAUUUGCAGGGAUCAGGCGGUGGCUCAACAAUGCAGGAAUUCCGCCGCCGGCGGCGGAAAUUGCAGAAACGGUGGCGGCGGGAGGAAUCGUCCGGCUCCAAUUUUUAUCAUGAAUUUCGGCGGUGGCCUUCAGUGAACAGCGGCUUCGAGUGUAGAGCAAAUUGAAUUAGGGACUCGGCUCUGUUUGUUUGAUGAGCAAAUUUUGCAGCGAAGAGAAAAUCUUUCAUUUCCCCAUUCUCUUAAUUUCACUUCUCCUGUAGUUAUGAGUCAUCUUUACUGAGAGAGCGUAGAACUAGAGUGCGGCUUAAGAUUGAAGGCUUGUGAACUUUUUUACUUUAUGAUGCAUAAACCAAUAAAACAAAAUGAUUUUAGAGACGCCAUUUACAACCUCUAGAGCACUUGUUCAUUUAGGCGGUUUCGCUUAGUAGGGGUGGCCUCUGUUUGACAAUAAGGGUGCAAAGUUGAGGAAUAAAUUGGUGGGUGUAAAUUGAGGGGUAAUUUGUUGUUUGCAUGAAAAAGUAAGGGUGCAAAUACAGUGAAAAUAAAUAAAUUCUAUUAUAAUAAAUUAAUGUCAUAACCGGGGUGCCCAAUCAGUAUGAUAUUGUCCGCUUUGGGCCAAGCCCGCAUGGUUUUACUUUUGAGUGUCCUCCUCAAAAGGCCUCGUACUAAUGAGAUUGGUGGACACUAAUAUACAAGAGUUCCUUCUCUUGUAUUAGCGAUGUGGUAUUUGGAUUGUGCCAUAACAAUCCUCCCCUCAAGACAAGGACCACGAACUUCGUGUCCUCAUCUCAGCGAUUAUAUUGAUCCGCCAAAUGUCUUGUAUCGAUGGGCUUCUCGAUACAAGGACUUUACCAGACCCAUAACUCUCUUUGAUCUGCUCCCAAAUGUGAAACGAAACGCUCUUUGAUCUGCCAAAGUCCAAACGUGAAUCUCUAUUGGAUUCACCAAACAUACGCGAAUCACCUUUGACCCGCCUGAUGUGAUAUCGACUAGCGUGAUAAUUAAUUCCCGUGGUCCAAAAAUGAAGAUUCAUAUUCGACGAUUUAAGGAUCAACUAGGAGCAUUCUUGAUGGAUAAAAUUGAGAAUGCAUUAAAGAUCGGGCCUACAACAUUUCUUGGAGCCCAAAACGUCCAUCCUUGCUGCCCAAGUCGUCCAAAUGUGAAAAGGGCAAGGAAAGAGAUUGCUUAACCACUAAGGAGCUUCCUUAAGCAUUAAAAACGUGUUUGGAGAUUACUUAGCUGCUAAGGAGCUUCCUUUGGUCAUAAAAACGAGUUAUAGUCCUUAUUUAAGUAGUAUUAUGUUUCCUAGUUAGUUUGGGAUUUGUUUUCCUAUUCCUUUUAGGUUAGAUUUAUGUUUCCAUGGCCUCUAUAAAUAGAGGAUGUAAUAGCUACGAUUUUGGUACCCAUUAUCCAAGUUAUUAAUCAAAGUUGAGUUCUAGUUCAUUGUGAACGAGUUCUUUUGUGCAAGACUUCUGUCGAGGAUUCCAGGAGAUUGUACGUGUCUCUUAUCAACUAGAGAACGCGUCUAGUUGUGGCGAGCAUCUACCCUAUAUCAAUUGCCCCUUUCCACGAGUUGAUUCUGUCCGAUUGGUUUAAUAUACCAAUUGCCAUUUGUCAAGAGUUGGGAUUGUCCGAUUGAUUCUGCAUCUAUCUUUUAUUUCAAGUCGGAGAAAAGCUUCGAAAAUCCUUAAAAAGAAGGAAGGCUGCGUACUUUGGUCAUAUAAUCCGAGUUCGAGGAUUUUCUUCGGAUUUGGAUCACAUCACCGCCAGACAAACGCAUAUCUCAAAUCCCGAAGUCACCGAAUGAGGGUCCACCAAACUGACGUCCACCAUCCUGGAUCCGCCGAACCAGGCUCUGAUACCACUUGUCAAAACAGAAGCGUGCAAUCGAUAAUCUAGAGCAACACAAACGGACAGAAAUUUAACUUGGUUCACUAGCACACUGUGUGCUAGCAAAUCCACGGGCAGGGGAGAACAAAUUUCACUGAUUUGA